GCCGGACAGUACAGUCUAUCUCUACCCCGCUUUGAGCAUAGCAGGCGUCGCUGUGGCUUACUCCUUUCCGCUCCCAUUUUCCAAGAUGGAUGUCUACACCUUCGAGCCGGUCACAUGCAGCCUCGUCACGCAACUCCCCGGGGAGUCAACCUCACAGCAGGUGACACCAGAAGCGCUGGUAACUGUCCGAUCAUCCUCGAACAUAGCUGUGCCAUCGUCGGUGGACACUCCCAGUGUCACCGAGAAGGUCGUCAUCCGCCGCGGACGAGCCGUCUACGUCGUCGCGAAGGUAUGCCCUGCUACUGCAGCUGACGACGAAGACCUUGGUUCGGAGCGCGGGGAUAGCGUACCGGCUCCCCUGAGAAGCACUCUACACAACUGUGACGUCCGGCAGGCGAGACGGCUAGUUAUCGAAGUGCACAGCUUGAUCUGCCAACUCGACGCCGUGGCCCCGACAGCCCAACCCGAUCACGAAGGCAUAUUGGACUCUGAGAGCGCUCCGGACGGCAACGGCGACCUGGAGGUCAAAGACAGGGACGGUCUUGCUGGGUCGCGCGACGUGGCUUUGCUCUGUUCCCCUCCUGCAGCUGAUGCGGACUCGACAUACCAUUCUGCAUCGGAGAUGGAAAGCGUAUGCGUGGGGUCGGAGCCCUACCGAUCACUGUUGUCAAUUUCAUCCUUCGGCUCGGUCACUUUUGACCCUCCGUCUGCGACCACGCCCUACUCGGGAAACAUGACUGAGUCUCUUUCCACCUUGGCACUGUAUGGUCUACCUGUGGCUCCAUCUCAUGAUCCCCUAAUGGCCUACGUCUUUGAGUCAACUCCGUCGCUUGCCUCCAAGGUGUCUCACUGUCUCGACGACGCUGGACUCUGCGACAAUGCGCUCACAGGCCAAGUCAUCUCGAAUUCCUCACAGGUCCCAGCAUUCCGGCCUAGCGACUAUUCUGCCCUCUCUACUGCGCUUGACGAGACACUGGUACGAGCCCCUGGGCUGGGAACCUCUGCAACAGGAUCCGCGAGCGGGUCGACUGCCUUAUCUCCCGUACACAAAAAUGGGUUCAUCCGUCUCUGUUGGGGCGACACAUACGAGCUGCAACCGCGCUACGACAGCAACGUGCCAGCUAUCGUUCCCCUCGAGCAGAGUCGCAGCCUCCCAGAAGCCCCCCCUGUCGUACCCACUAUCACCGCCGCGGAGUGGUCACCCAGCCGGGGUCUGGCUAUUUUGGCUGCUGCUGAGGACGGGACUGCGGACAUCUCUAUGGCGGGCUCUUGCUCAUCUAUGGGCAGCUUGUUCUCUGAGGCGUCGGAUGCAAGUGUCGAUUCCGACAGCGAGUCGGACGAAGAACCGCUACGGGACACUGUCAGGCGACUCCAUGCCAACCGCAGGUCAACACAGGACCAUCUAGGACAUGUUUCAUCCGCUGCGGGGCCUGACCACUAUGUAUCUCCGCAUACCGUCGAGACUCGACAACUGGAUAUGCCUCCCGCUGCAACGUCCACGUGGAAUUUUCGAACUGCUCCUUGCCCCUUAGUCAACCGCAAGCGCAAGCGUGAACAUGACGAAAGGGAGGAAGGGGAGAUCUCCGAGUACGAAUCUGACUCCGACAGCGAGCCCGACAUCCCCCUCGCCGCGGUGAUGGCGCUCCGAAAGGCCAAGAACCGCGACGUCCGGCCGCCGCCUGCGAAGAAGCUCAAGGUCACUCCGAUGGAGUCCCGCCGACUCUCGGCGACGGGCGCCAGGCCACGCAGGUCGUGGGCGCACAAGCGGUGGGACGAGAGGUUGAAGCAGAAGCAUGCGCGGGCUCAGAGUGACGGGCGGCGAGGGAUCCGGAUCGUCUCGACGGAGAUGCAGUUGCUGGUCGGGAGGGUCAAUCCGGAAGGCGGGAGUCGUUGGGUGUGGAACGGUCUGCGAGGCGCUGUUGCAUGA